UUGUCCUGGCAUUCCGUUGCUACCGUGUUCAAAAGAGAAGCCCAUCGUGUCUUGAAGGACUGCCAGUCCCUGGUCACUCAAACGCAAGAGUAUCAAUCCCUCAUGCAGGCCAUGCAACGCUUUGUCAUGAUGAACAUUCCGGUGCGUCUUCACAUUUCCAUAGAGGCAGGCGAGUGAGAUCGUUGCGGUUGGAUGUAGCCGCCCAUGCCCCGCAGCAAUGCGUGGCGCAGUGCGACGUUGGUGGCCGACCCGAGGGCUCGAAACCUGGGCAAGGAGUGGCUCACGCAGCAAAUGUACCACAACAUGCACGAGCCGUUAGCGUUGCUUCCUGCCGUGAGAAAUGAAGAGGAGUUUUUCCAAUUUGACUUUCAAGCGUCGGACGAGCACGACGAUUCGUUUACGUGGAUGGAACGGGUACAGUUCACGUGGCCAGGAACGGUACAAAUGUUUCGACGCCUGGUCGAGACCAACAUGAAGGCGGUGAAUUUCCCCAAUUGUGACGAAACGGUGGAGGAAGAGAAGACAUCCAACACACGCCUGUUUCACACGAUCACUCCUAAAGGCAUCUUCAUGAACUUGCUCCAAGGACACUUCGUCGAAGCCGACCGGUUCAUCAUGGUCAUGCGGCAAAUCGAACACGACGAAACAUAUAUAUGCCACCCCCUCCAGAAGCAGCAACACGAUUUGUCGUGGUGCGUAUUUACUGUUACUUCGGGGGUUGUUGUGGACAAAGGCUCAGCUUUUUCGUUGCACGUAGGACCGAGGUUCGGCAAGUAUCGCCAACACACAUCUUGCUGCGCUCAGUCGACCGUGUGUCCCACAUAUUUCGACCCGCCACCGGGUUUUUGAGUGUGGACGAGCUAGCAGCGUUGGGGGGCAUCGACGUGACGGGCAUGGAAGACGACCAGAAGGACGCACACGUGCGGCGCGAAAUAAUCCGACGGUCGUAUGCGGGUUUCUUGUUUUGGCGACAACGUUUCAUGGACUUGAUGCACCAGAGCGCGGCAAACUAAUUCUCUGGCCACAUCACAACUGUAGUAUCGUUAACAUAAGAGACCAAUAUAGGAACACAUUUUCUUUUUAGUGGAAGGCAUGUAAGUCGACUAAUGUAAAUGACCA